AUGAGGCCACGCAGGGACAGUGAAAGGCGCAGAUUUGCUUGGGAAUCGCGGGACUCAGCAGAAGGCUCCGAAUCGCCGCGUCGAAGGCCGAGACUGUUGGCUCUGAUGGCGGGGCAAUCGAGGAAAUGGAUGAUUCUAGUGGCCACGAUUUGGAUUCAGGCCUUCACCGGCACCAAUUUCGAUUUCUCGCAGUACUCGUCGUCGCUCAAAUCCGCACUCAACGUCUCGCAGGUGCAAUUGAACUACCUCGCCACCGCCAACGACAUGGGGAAGGUUUUCGGCUGGUCCUCCGGCAUCGCACUCAUGCACCUUCCCCUCUCGCUCGUCUUGUUCAUCGCUGCUUCUAUGGGAUUCCUCGGCUACGGCCUCCAGUGGCUCCUCCUCACCGGAGUCGUCGAUUUGCCGUAUUUUCUGGUAAUUAUUCUAUUCUUUACUUUAACCUUUUUUUCCUCUUUUAGUGACGUCUUUCUUUUGUGCCUUUUAGGUGGCUGUAGCAUCUGUUGGUUCAACACAGUAUGUUUUGUUCUCUGCAUUAGGAAUUUCCCAGUUAACCGAGCCCUUGCACUAUCACUCACUGUGAGUUUCAAUGGCGUCAGUGCAGCGCUCUAUACCCUUGCUGCCAAUUCUAUUGACCCUUCCUCCGAUGCAAUUUAUCUGCUUUUGAAUGCUAUCGUUCCCCUUCUCAUUUGCAUCGCAGCACUUAUUCCUAUUCUUCGCCAACCGACUUUAGACCCUCUCCCUCCUGAUGCAGUAAACAGGGACUCGGUUAUAUUUCUAAUGUUGAACUUCCUAGCCCUUUUAACUGGCCUUUAUAUUCUCCUGUUUGGCACUUCUUCUUCUGGUGUGACUUCUUCUUGGCUCUAUUUUGGUGGAGCUAUUUUCCUACUCGUCUUCCCAUUAUGUAUUCCUGGCAUUGUAUAUGCUCGGGCUUGGUUUCGGCAUACUAUUCAUUCCAGCUUUCGGAUGGAAAGCUCUAGCUUCAUUCUUGUUCAUGAUGAUGAUCUCGAGAUGCAUAAAGAACUCCGUGGCCGUAACAGUAGUAUUGUUAGCAAUGGAGAUACUUACAACCUGCUAAGUGACAAUGGACACAUGUAUGAUAGUCAGAAGGCAAAAGAGAGUGAUGUAUGUUGCGAGAGGAUGAUUGGCCAGGAUCAGUUAGCAAUGCUAGGAGAAGAGCACCCAGUUGCAGUAAUUGUUCGCAGAUUGGAUUUUUGGCUUUACUAUAUUACAUACUUCUGUGGAGGUACACUUGGUCUAGUCUAUAGCAAUAAUCUGGGACAGAUUGCACAAUCUCUGGGCCAGAGCUCAAAUACUUCUACACUUGUCACGCUCUAUGCAUCCUUUUCCUUUUUUGGUCGCUUGCUUUCUGCUGGGCCAGACUAUAUUCGAAAUAAGCUCUACUUUGCCAGGACUGGUUGGCUUUCAAUUGCACUUAUACCAACUCCAGUUGCGUUCUUCCUCCUUGCUGCAUCAGACAGUCUUCUGGCACUGCAGACAGGCACCGCACUGAUUGGAUUGAGCUCUGGUUUUAUAUUCGCAGCUGCUGUGUCAGUUACAUCUGAGCUGUUUGGACCUAACAGUGUGGGUGUUAAUCACAACAUUCUCAUAACAAAUAUUCCUAUUGGCUCUCUUCUCUAUGGCUUUCUUGCUGCACUAGUUUAUGAUGCUAAUGCUCACUCAAUACCAGGAAACUCGAUAAAGUCUGACUCAGUAGUGUGCAUGGGAAGGGAGUGUUACUUCUGGACCUUUGUCUGGUGGGGAUGCAUAUCUGUCCUUGGACUAGCAUCAAGCAUCCUAUUAUUCUUAAGAACCAAGCAUGCAUAUGAUCAUUUUGAGAAACACCGUAUAUCAACACAAUCAAUUGUGUCUUAA